GUAAACGUUUCCGAUACAGACUGUAUCUCUGUUGCACCAAUUGUUUACAUCCGGUUUUCUUCGACCCGUCUUUUUGCUGGAUGUUGGAUGCUAUCACACCGAUAAAUAAUAAUGCAGCAACGCGAGGAGAAACAACUGGAGGCAAGCGUUGAAUCCCUGAUCAGCAGAGUAGCGCAUGUGAAAAACUCUUUGCAGAGUUUUAUUUACAAAUUGGAAAAUGAAUAUGACCGCCUGACGUGGCCUUCAGUUCUGGACAAUUUUGCCCUGUUGUCCGGUCAGCUCAACACAAUAAAUAAGCUCUUGAAGAAUGACAAAACCCCAUCGUUUCGGAAUCAGGUCAUUAUUCCCCUGCUACUGUCUCCAGACCGAGACGAUGACCUUGCUAAAUUGACAGAGCAGCGUGUGCCUGUGUUCAGUCAUGAGAUUGUGCCUGACCAUCUUCGAACCAAACCAGACCCUGAGGUGGAGGAGCAGGAGAAACAACUAAACGCAGAGGCUGUUCGUAUAGGGCCAGAUGGGGCUCAGAAACAGAUCCAGACCUUAAAUAAACUUUGUUCAAACUUACUGGAGAAGUUGAACAAUCCGCGAGAAGAUCGGGAUUCUGAGACUGCAGCUCUACGCCAGAAUAAGCCAUCGUUCAACCCUGCUGACACCACCGCCCUGGUGUCAGCCGUGGGCUUUGGGAAGAACCUGUCCAAGUGUAGGCCCCCAGGACCGGUAGCUCCCGGACAUCCAGGACAGGGCCCCAUGAUGACUGGAGGUCCUACCCUACAGCAGGUCACCAUUGGAGGCGGCCCAGGACAUCAAGGGCCCAUGGGGGGACCUGGGGGUUCUCAGCAGGGUGGACCUCCUGGAAAAAUGCAGAGCAGCAUCAAGACAAACAUCAAGUCUGCUUCUGGUGGGAUGCACCCAUACAACAGAUAAGGAUCACAACUCCAACCACCAACUGUAUUUAAACCCUUUUUGUUUGUUUAUUUGUUCAUUAUAUGAAACAUCUUUUUUUUUU